GCCAUUUGUAAUCCUUUACGAUAUGAAAUGAUAAUGAACAGGAAGGCCUGCAUCAAAAUAGUUGGUAAUGUAUGGACUGCCAGCCUUCUCAAUGCUUCAUUACACACUAUUGUCACUUUUACUACUCCUUUCUGCUCCAAUAUUAUCAACCAGUUCUUCUGUGAAAUCCCAUAUUUACUUAAGAUUAUUGCCUGCUCUGAUUUAUAUGUAAAUGAAAUUGGAGUUCUAAUCUUCAGUGCUACAUUGGUAAUUGGUUGUUUUGUGUUUCUCAUUGUCACUUAUGUGUAUGUCUUCUCUGCUGUCCUGCGAAUUUCUUCUGUUCAAGGAAGGAAAAAGGCCUUUUCUACUUGCCUACCACACCUAACAGUCUUCUCCCUAUUUUUGCUUACUUCUAGCUUUGCUUACCUAAAGCCUAUAGCUGACAGUCCAUCACAUCUUGACUUCAUAAUAACAAUAAUGUAUUCCAUUAUCCCCCCCAUGAUGAAU